GGACCCUGUAGAUGUGGAGGGCCCUGUAGAUGUGGGGGAUCCUGUAGUUGUGGGGGACCUUGUAGAUGUGGGGGACCCUGUAGAUGUGGAGGAUCCUGUAGUUUUGGGGGACCAUUUACUGUAGAUUUGACUUGUUUUUCUUCUCCGUUUUUUUCUUACCGAAAUACUUCUUCUUACAGAUGUCAAAAUAUGGAGACUUAAUACUUCCAGGACACAAUAUGCAUCAAAGUUCUCCUCCAGAAGGAAGACGUCUCCUCUUAUAUCACAUUCUGUCUGUACUUCUCUACCACAAUGCCAGCGCUAUGAUGGAGCGCGGUCACCUCUACGGGACUCAGUACAGCCAUUAGGCAUCAAGAUCUUGGUCAAUCUGUAAUGGCGCUGACCUAUAGACUCUUAUGUGAUGUUUACCAGUGAUUUUCAGUGUAAUGUUUGGGCACCAGAGAACAAUGCUGCACCUGAGGGGGACCCCUGCCCCCCAAUAACACAAUGACCUGCAAUAUCUGCUGAUGUGUGAGGUCAAUGUCAUGUCCCAAAGAGAGAAAGAUGAUCUGUAUAGAGAGUCCAUCAGGGGUGAUAAGUUUUUGGAUCCCCAUGAGAUGAGACUGGAUCCAUUAUUCUCUCUCUACCCUGAUGAAGUACAUGAGAACAAUGUGGACGGUGAUGUGAUGGGGACACCCCAAACAGUGUUGGCUCAAUCCCCAGACAAGACCGGCCUGUCUCCAAAAAGACGGAACCGCAGAACAAUUUGUGAACCUGUGAAGAUGCCAAGAACCCUUUCAGUGGAAAUUCCUUUUCCUGUAUCACCCAGCCGGCGUAGAAGCUUCCGACAUCCUGGCCCCUGUUUUGGAAACUUAGAAUGUGAGGACAGUGCGGAGUCCACCCCAGCUAUGGCUGCCAAUCAUAUCUGUAUUGAGUGUGGACAGAGCUUCUCUCGUGAGGUUCCUUAUGUCGAGCACCAGAAGUUACACAGUCCCACAGUCCUGGAGUUAAACUCGACCUCAGGUCGCGCAGUCUGUGAGGUCAGUGGAUCUGUCACCCAGGAGCCAAAGAGAACAGGCCGAGAGUUUGUAUGUGGAGAUUGUGGGAAAACCUUUAUCGGGAAAUCUAAUCUCAUAGUCCAUCAGAGAACGCACACAGGAGAGAAGCCUUACGGAUGCAUCUUCUGUGGGAAACACUUUGGCAGAAGUUCUGUGCUUAGAAAACACGAGCGGAUCCACACGGGAGAGAAGCCAUACACAUGUGUCUACUGUGGAAAACAGUUCAGUCAGAAUUCAGGGCUGAAGAACCAUGAGAGAAUCCACACUGGGGAGAAGCCUUACGCCUGUAUAGAGUGCGGGAGGAGGUUCAGUCAGAGUGCCGAUCUGAUGGUUCACUAUAGGACCCACACCGGCGAGAAACCAUUUAUAUGUAUCGAGUGUGGAAACAGCUUUAUCCGCAGCUCAGACCUCGCCAUACACCAAAGGACUCACUCUGGGAUUAAACCAUUCACCUGCACUGAAUGUGGGAAGAGCUUUAGUCAGAGGUCCCAAAUUAUAAGACACCGGCGGACCCACACCGGUGAGCGGCCAUUUACCUGUGAUGUCUGCAGGAAAAGCUUCAUCCUGAGCUCAGAGCUGAAGAAACAUCACCGGGUGCAUACAGGAGAGAAGCCUUACAAGUGUAAAGAGUGUGGGAAAUCCUUCCGGCACUGCUCUAACAUGAGCCGGCACCAGAAGAUGCAUGCGGAGAGCGACGUUCUCUAGACACUAAUCUCCAUUCUUUCAAUAUUCCUGAUCUUGUGCACUAAGCAGGCUGGGAAAUCCAGCGCAUGUCUACAUCAUUACACCAUUGCUGUAACUAGAAGCUUCUUAUUCCGUGGCUGAAGAUCUUCCCUUAAAGUAAACCUUUUUAUAUAAUGUAGAUAAUACCAUUAUAUGCAUCUUUGUAAUAUACAUUGGUUAAAAAACUCUGUCCCUGUAACUACUGUCUGUAUCUCUAUGAUAAGUCCAAAUACAGGAAGUGAGGGCGGAGCAAAAUACAGGAAGUAAGGGCAGGGCAAGCAGGGCCCUGUGUAGGCUCCUGGUUUGUCAAUCAUCCAGAUGUGUGGCCUGGGAGUGUGUCACAGAGCCUUGGUAUACAGAGCCCCAGUAUACAGAGCCCCGCUUGUCCUCUGUGUACAGAGCCCCGCUUGUCCUCGGUGUACAGAGCCCCGCAUGUCCUCAGUGUACAGAGCCCCGCUUGUCCUCGAUGUACAGAGCCCUGCAUGUCCUCGGUGUACAGAGCCCCGCUUGUCCUCGUUGUACAGAGCCCCGCUUGUCCUCGGUGUACAGAGCCCCUCUUGUCCUCGGUGUACAGAGCUCUGCUUGUCCUCGGUGUACAGAUCCCGCAUGUCCUCGGUGUACAGAGCCCCGCUUGUCCUCGGUGUACAGAGCCCCGCUUGUCCUCGGUGUGCAGAGCCCCGCUUGUCCUCGGUGUGCAGAGCCCCGCUUGUCCUCGGUGUACAGAGCCCUGCUUGUCCUGCCCUCACUUCCUGUAUUUGGUCUCCUCACAGAGACGCUCUGGCAAUAGCUGCAGGGACAAAAAUAAUUUUAACCAAUGUAUAUUAACUUGCCACAUAAGAAACGUUACAUAUAUGUUAUAUCCAUUUUGUAUUGCACCCCAUUUAUUUUUUUAAUUUUUGGUUUCUUAAAAUAAACAUCCGUUGCCUCAAAUG